UUGACAGUCUUGUAUUCCCCGGCUUGUAUAGAUAAUUUUAUCUUCAUGGAGUUAAUCUGCUGAAGUAAAAAAGAAAACAGUAACCGUUUGCACAGUUUUGAUGGCAGAUACACAUACUAAGAGUGAAGCAAUCAACCAAGAGAACGAGGAAACAGGAUUUCUUUCUGGCUCUGGAACUCAAGAGCCUAUGGCUGGGUUUUUUUCUCGAUUAAGAUUUCGUCAUCGAUCAGGAAGAAGAGGAAAGUUUUACAGAUGGCUGAGGGUAGCAGUAAUUGGAACUUUUGUUCUUUUAUUUGUGUUAUUUGUCAUAAUUCCAGUUGUGUAUCGAUAUUCUCCAGGAAUACAAAGAUAUUUUAUAUUCCUUAAUAGUGUCCAAGGUGAUGUAGACUUGAGUAAACCAGAGGAUGUUGGGCUGCCUGGCACACGAAACUUUUAUGUAGAAACUGAGGAAAAUAUUUCCGUGGGUGUAUGGCAUAUUUUACCAGAGUCUUUGGUUCACUCUGUUCCUGAUGUUUCAUCGGAGGAGAAAACUAAAUGGUUUGAGGAUACACUUAGACAUAAUCAGCCUGUGAUAAUUUAUAUGCAUGGAAAUAAAGGUUCAAGGGGACAAGAGCGACGAGUCAACCUCUAUCAUGUGUUAAGAAAAAUGGGAUAUCACAUUAUUACUUUUGACUAUCGUGGAUAUGCUGAUUCAUCAUCAGUUAUUCCAACUGAAACUGGUUUGGUGACAGAUGCCAAAGUAAUUUUCCAGUAUUUACUGAACUACACGAAGGCUAGUUUAAUCUUUGUAUGGGGUCACUCUCUUGGUACAGGAGUAGCUUGCCAUUCAGUAUCUGAGUUGUGUCAGGAACAAAAAUGUCCAGGAGGUGUAAUCUUGGAAGCUCCAUUCAACAGUAUUCCAGAAGAAGUUCGUCGUCAUCCCAUGGCAAUGGUCUUUCGAGGUUUACCAUAUUUUGAUUGGGCAUUUGUGGAACCACUUAAGGAUAUUGACGUCCAAUUCCAGAGUGAUGUGCAUAUAACUAAAAUAACAACCCCACUUAUCAUUCUUCAUGCACACGAGACAGAGUUAUUCCAUUUGAUCUUGGUUAAAAAGCUUUCUUCAUUUGUGGUAUUUUGA